AUGGCUUCGGACGCGUCGCCGUACGCCGUCGGACGCAUCUGCUUCCCAAGCCUCGCGCUCCGAAAAACGGCCUACUCGCGACAGACGCCAGCGUCGCGGAAACACUCCAGCGAGAACCACAGAGACUACCUGGCGGCCCUUCAUUCGCGCAAAGCCGCGUCGCUCAAGGAGAAGCGAGCCAGGGCUGCGGCUGUCGAGCGACAGGCGAACAGCAACGCGAGUCUCACGUCGCUCAUGAUGUCGCCCUCGUGCAGCUCCAGCGAUUUCGGAUCCUCGCCGACCGUUCCCGCUGUCCCAGCCUUCCUGCAUCACACCCAGUCGGCGAGGCCCGAACUCCAGCGACAGCGACAGUAUUACCACGUUUGCGAGCCGUCCUACGGCGACGAGGAGAAUAGCACCGCCGACGACAUCGCGGCCACCAUCGCCUCAUCCUUCCAACACUUCCGCCUCAGAGACUCUUCUUCGUCGUCGUCCCCUAGGCGACAUCGCCCAAUCUUCCAGGCUUCCUCCUCGGUCGAAUCCGCAAGCUCGGCGAGUUCAAUCUUCGCCCAGGCCUUGAGAAUGACCGCUUCGACCUCACAUCCCUGCCUGAAGGUUCUAGAAAGCCCUGAAUAUCGGGCUCCCGCGGACCUGGAAGACUGCCAUUAUUACUCGCAAAUUUCGGCGAUUCCGCGGACUGGGUCGGCAGAAGAUGUGGUCUUUCAUACUAGUGAUGACCUGCGGAUCGGGUCGAGGCAUGGCGUCAAAUUCAAUAAAUGGAGACUUGCGGCUGCAUCCAGGAAAGCCGCUGUGAGGAUCGAGGAAACGGUUGGUUUUUAUUUUUGGGGGAAGAAUUGGAAAAGAAGUUUCAAGGAAUUUUACCAUUGGAAUACACGUUUUUUUGAAGAAAUCAAAGGCUACCUCUGAACAUUUUCCCUUGACUUGGAUUUUUCUGCUCGCAUUUGGAAUGGCUCAAAGCGUUGCGGUCGUGUCGCGGCUCAAGUUUCCCCUUGGUGUUCUCAUUUUCAAAGCAGUUAACUAGGAAAUUUGAGAAAAAGAGAAAUGAACCGAUAAAAGUUGACACAGCGAUUUUUCCAAGUGCAAGUGUGCUCCGCGGUAAAUUUCAAAUUUUAAAGCCUUUUCUCAAUUUUUUUGCUCUAAGAUUUUCGACAAAAGGGAACCAAAAAAGUUGACACGGCGAUUUUCUCAAGUGCAAGUGCGCUCCACCGUAAAUUUCAAGGUUUAUAGCCUUUUCUUUAAUUUUUUUGCUCUGUGACUCUUAAAAAAUCAAGUUUCAAGCUUGUUAACUGAAAAAUGGCUUUUUUUUUCAAUUUUGCAACCGCAAGACCUGAAAUUUGGGCAUGUGCGCUCCAUGGUGAAUUUCAAGUUUUAAAGCCUUUUCUCAAUUUUUUUGCUCUGUGACUUUUAAAAAAUCAAAUUUCAAGCUUGUGAACGGAAAAAUGGCUUUUUCUUUUGAAUUUUGCAACCGCAAGACCUGAAAUUUGGGCAUGUGCGCUCCAUGGUGAAUUUCAAGUUUUAAAGCCUUUUCUCAAUUUUUUUGCUCUGUGACUUUUAAAAAAUCAAAUUUCAAGCUUGUGAACGGAAAAAUGGCUUUUUCUUUUGAAUUUUGCAACCGCAAGUCCGGAAAUUUGUCAAUUUUCGUCGUCGGAAUUCGACCGGAUAUUUAUUUCUUUUGCUCGGCUUGCAAGCCGACAACAUUUGUGCUCAGGAAUGCGGUAAUAAACCGGGAGAAGGGAAUGUUAUCCGCCUUUUUCUUUCUCUCCGGCAAAAGAUAUUUGUUCGAAUCAUCAGUCAUUUGAAAAAGCUUCUCCCCGUGUUGAAAAGUGUAUGAUGUACACCUGCUGAUGUUGUGUUGUUAGAGCUGCCCCCACGACGAGAAGCAGUUGCACUUUUAGUUUCUUCCCGAGUGAGAGAAAAAAGUAGAGGCUUGAAGGUUUCGAAAUAAGGGACAUAGACCUUUGUUACGAUAUAAAUAUGGUCAGAACACUUAUUUAUGUACCAAAAAAUAUUCUGAAAGUCUUAAGGUCUUCCAAUUCUCACUAGGGCAUAGGCGCCCCUCAGACAACCGAGAAAAGCUCGUCGAAAUUUUUCCGGAGCGUAUAUGACCGCGCUCGAAGCCUUCCUCUAGCUUCUGGCGGCGUGGUGUAGUGGUAUAGGUCUUGUACACUCAUUAUUGUGACCAGGGUUCGAAUCCAUUUGACGUUAGAUUUGAGUUUUGAGGGCUGAAACCCCCAAAUGGGUUUUGAGGGUUUUCAUGGACUUUGAGGUGUCCUUUUUUGGGGUGGUUGAGACUUUCAAAAUCGUCCUUUGGUACAUUCUACAAGCUUGUCACGAUUCUAGCCUGACAAGGUUUUUUUCGAAAUUUGCUUGGGAUUUUAUUGAAAAUUGAUGCUCCUUGAUGUAUCAAAAGAAGAUCCUAAAAAAAUUUCUACCUGACCCCCUCCCCCAAAAAAAUAAUUGCAGGACAAGAAAAAAAAGCGUUCUACAGUCAAUAAAAAUCCCCGAAAUCCGUUAAAAUUGGCUAUUUUGGAGUUUUAAGGCUCACUUUCUCAAAAACUAGGAAGUUUUGCAGCUGUAGACUUCCAGGAUCUCUUCCUGUUACCUAAAUAAAUUUUUCGGCGAAUUUCGAAAAAGCGUUAAGAAAAAUGACCACCCUUAUGAAGCCCAAAAAUUUCCGUUUUAUUAAAGGCGCAUAGGCGCGUAUCGAGAAAUGAGUCUUGGAGAAUGGCUCGAUUUUCAAAUUUUUUGAAGGAAAUGAAGUUUUUUUUUGAUGUGAUACGUCUCACUUUGACGCUAACAUACGGAAAGUUGUCACUGAAAAAAGAUUUUUUUCAAAGUAGAAUCAGGAUAUUAUUUUUGCCUAAAGGACAGAGAAAGCUAAGAAAGUAGAUUAAACUCAAAAUAAUGCGAAGCUUGAGUCAGCCUUGAAACACAUUUCAACCUUUGACGUCUACUUAUUUUUAUUUUUUUUUUGGCUGUUUUUUCUUUAAGUAAUGUAACUUAGUGUAACUGGGAGAAGCUAUAGAAAUGCUGUGAAUAUCGAUUUUUCACCUCGUUUAUCUAUAGAGCGCACUUGUAGGCAGCAAUGUGACGCUUAUUUAUUUUAAUUUUUUGACAUCUAUUUUUUUCUUUGAGCUUUUCUUUCAACUUGUUGUAACUGGGAGAAGCUCUAGAAAUGCAGAGAAAAUCGACUUUUACCUGGUUUAUCUAUAGAGCGCACUUGUAGACAGCAAUUUGAGCCGCCAACUUUUUUUUUCAUUUUUUGACAUAUAUUUUUUUCUUUGAGCUUUUCUUCCAACUUGGUGUAACUAGGAGAAACUCUAGAAGCAGAGAAAAUCAAUUUUUCCCCUGGUUUAUCUAUAGAGCGCACUUGUAGGCAGCAAUUUGAGCCGCCAACUUUUUUCAUGCUUCGCUAAAAUUUCCAAAUACUAUUGACAAGUGGCAAAAAGCAAAAAGUGAAAUUGGAUAUCCGACUGCCGAGGUGACGACUGUUUUUUCCGAGGUGUUUGGUGUGGAUUUCCAACGAUUUUUCUUCUUUUAUUUAUUUUCGAAAAAUGGUGGACUUUGUAUUUCGUUCGACUAGACUGUUCUGAAAACCUCGAAAAUCUGUUUCCAUGCAUUUUGGAACGCAACGAGGAAAAAUUUUUGACCGAAAAAAAAAGAAAAAAGCCGGGGCGACGACGUGAAACAUCUGUGCGCUGGGGAGAAUGGAUAUUUUAUUUAACACUUGCUUUUUUCGAAACUUUUGGAAGGUUUUGGGGGGAAUUUUUGAGGGAAGAAUUGUUUUUUCUUGGUGAAAUUUUCAAUCAAUAAUGAUACUUUUUACUUUUCGAAAAGGUUUUUGGAAGAUUAGAGAGGGAAUUGAAAGCUUUUUCUUCAAUUAUAAGACCUAGAAGCCCUGAAAAAAAUGAUUUAUAGUAAAAAAAUAGAUUUUUGAAAAAAAUUUUUGUGAAAGAAAAACAGUUUUUUUGGUGAAAUUUUUCAAUCAAUAAUGAUACUUUUUUUACUUUUUUUGAGGGGGUUUUUGAAAGAUUAGAGAGGGAAUUGAAGGCUUUUUUUCUUCAAUUAUAAGACCUAGAAGUUCUGGAAAAAAAUGAUUGAUAGUAAAAAAAUGGAUUUUCGAAUGAUUUUCUGAAAGAAAAUAUUUUUCUGUGUGAAAUUUUCGAUCAAUAAUGAUAUUUUUUCUCUUUUUACGAGGUUUUUUUGAAAGGGUUAGAUUUGGAAUUUUUAGACUUUAUUCCAAAAUUUUACGAUCUAGAAGCAUUGGAAAAAAAUGAUUUAUAGAAAAAAAUGAAUUUUUGAAAAAAAUUUUGUGUAGGAAAAAAAUAGUUUUUUGGUGAAAUAUUUCGAAUAAUAAUGAUAUUUUUUUCUCUUUUACGACUUUUUGAAGGGUUAAUUUGGAAAUUUUUAGACUUUAUUCCAAAAAUUUUACGAUCUAGAAAGCAUUGGAAAAAAAUGAUUUAUAGAAAAAAAUGAAUUUUUGAAAAAAAUUUUUGUGGGAAAAAAAUGUUUUUUUGGGGAAAUUUUUCGAUCAAUAAUGAUGCUUUUUCUUUCGUUUUAAUGAUUUUUUUGAGGGGUCAAAGAGGGAAUUGAAGGCUUUUUUUAAUGAAUAAUAAGAUCUAUAAGUCCCUGGAAAACCCUUCUAAAAGGCUGAACUUUCGAAAAGAUUUCUGAAAAAAAAAUUUUUUUCAAUUUUUUUCCAUGUUAAACCAACAGAAUUUCCAAUUAAAUCCUUCUCCAAACACAAAUUUUUCGAAAUAUUGAUCAAACUGAAGGGAAAAAAAGAGUUCAUUAGUCAGCUAGAAGAGCACCUGACCGUUGUCAAUCACAUGUUUGUUUGGAAAAAAAGAAAAACUACAGCGUUUUGGGCUUGUUUUCUAACGGAGAGAGAGCCGAACCCGCCAAUCAAAUUGAUGUUUCGGCUUGCUUUUGACCUUUUUUUCGAGCCUAAAGUUUAUAGUUUUAUCCAGGAAAAACCUAAAAUAUUGAAAAAUACUCGAAAUCCUUGAGAGUCCUGAAAUUUUUUAAGCUUCCAAGAAAAGAAAAAAGGGAUGUGAGAAACUUGACAGAUAAUGAGAAUUUGUAUAUUAUGUUUUUGCCGAUUUGCGAAGGUGGGACUUCUGUGCCAAAAUUUAAGUGGCCGCUUUAGGGUUUGGAAGUUUUUGUGGCCACUAUAGUAGUCAAAUUAGUGACCACUUAAGGGGUUAAAAAUUAGUGGCCAUUAUAGAGGUCUAAGUGCUACUGUUUUAAAAACUGUUUAUUGCAUCUUCAAUGUAAGAGUACAUGUGCAAUCGACUUUCAUUGAUUUGACUGUGUUUAAACGGCGGCAGGAGCUGUGGCUUAGGCAGAGAAGUUGUGAAUUUCGCUCGUAGAACAUCAGGUACAAGAAAGGUCGUAGGAAGAAGUACGGUGCCGGCUUUCCAAAGGCCGAUGGCAGAGAAUGAGCCUUUUCGCUGCAUGCAGCUCCCAAUUUUAUCUACCCCGGAGGGAUGAAAGGCUUGGUAGACCUCGGGGGGACUCGAACCUACGACCUUGCGGACGUUAGAAAUGAGUUAUGCCAGCUGAGCUAUGCCGCCCCCCCUCUACUACUAGACCAAAACUACUAUAGUGGCUUCUACAGAGGUGCAUUUAGUGGCCACUUUAGUGUAGUAGUCAUCCAAGUAGACCUUGGGAGCCUCCUAAGUGGCCACUGGAGUUUUUUUUUGAGUGUUAUCAUUUUCCUUACCUUCUGGGAAAAUUUUCAGUGGCCAUUAUAGGGUUUUGACGUUUUAGUGGCCACUAUAGUAGUCAAAUUAGUGUCCACUUAAGAGGUUGAAAAUUAGUGGCCACUAUAGAGGUUUAAGUGCUACUACUAGACCACUAAAAAUCCUAGUGGCCACUUUAAGGGUCAAUGGAUCAACAUAACUGGUCCAAUCUGUUUGUUUUAAAAUAAUCCGAGUUACUGGAAGGAAUACUGGAUGAAAACUACUGAAGUGGCCACUAAAUAGAGAACCUCUAUAGUGGCCACUAAAACGGAAAAUAGUGGUCACUAUAGAGGUGGGUUUAGUGGCCACUUUAGUGUCCUCUCUGAGUGGUCCUUUUGAAACCACUCAAGUGGCCACUAGGGUUUUUCUGAGUGCUUUCAGUUUCCUUAGCUGGUCUGUAAAAACUGGACUCAAUUUUGAGACUUUUUUGAAGUUUUAGGUAUUGAUAAACUUUGGAAAGUUUAAUUGAACUUAAAGCUUCAAAAAACUCGAAAAAAGAUAACCUGUUGAUUUACCUGCGCUCAGAAAAAAUGUUGUUUAAUUGCUCGACAGUACGAUGGGUUCCAUUAGGAAAAAACAGGUUUCGUCUCUCUUUUUCUAUCGCCUUUUCUCUGAAGGCCAUGAAUCAUAAGAAGCGAAGAAAACGAAAACGACGUCGUUAAAUCUGAUGCUUUUUCAGCGGCCCAAGAGUAAACCCCUCCAAGAGUUCUACAACGACGAUGAUGCUGAACUGGAAGGUGACCUUUUUUAAUUUUAUAGGAAAAAAAGACGGAAAUUGAAGCUUUUUCUGAUUAAAAUUUGCACUUUUUGACAAGAAAUCGUUGCGGUUUUUGAAAAUAACGUUGAAAAAAAGGCGAAAAUUUUUCAGCUUUAGAUUCACUUUUCCUGAGAUUUGUACGGAGAAAAGGCGGCUUUGAAGCUCAAAAAUUCAUUAUUUUUCGAAAGAAAUAACAUUUAUUUUUUUUAUCAAAAAAAGUGCAAAAAAAGAACAAAAUUUGAGCUUCAGGGCACUCUUUUCAAUAGCUUUACUGAUAAAAAAAUUAAAGUUUUCAGUUGGAAAUUUGCCAAAUUUUUUUGGGUUAAAAGACAAUUUUUACAGCUUGAAUCGGGUUUUUGGCUAUUUAAUGAAGGAAAUUUUUUUGAGUAGAGCUUUUUUUACCACUUUUUAUAGUGUAGGAAAUGAGAAAAAUCAUUUUAGAAGGCAAAAAAGGCAAAUUCCUAUUAUUUUCUAGUGGAAAAAGUCGGAAUUUUGAGCUCUUUUGAUAGUUUUACUGAUAAAAAUUGAAGUUUCAGUUGGAAAUUUGCUAAGUUUUUGGGUUGAAGCCAACUUUUACAGCUUGAAUCGGGUUUUUUUUGGCUAUUUAAUGAAGGAAAUUUUUGAAUAGAACUCUUUUUUCGUUUCUUUAGGAGGGAAUGUGUACAGUAAACGAGAAAAAAAUAUUUUUUAAAGAAAAAUGAAGAUAAUUUUCCAUCAAUUUUAUCAAACUAGGGCAAAAAAGCCAAAAAUUUGAGCUUCAGGGUACUUUUUCGAUAGCUUUUACUGAUAAAAAUGGAAGUUUCAGUUGGAAAAUCUGCCAAUUUUUUGAAAGUAAAAGUCAAUUUUCACACCUUAAAUCGGGUUUUUUUGGCUAUUUAAUGAAGGAAAUUUUUGAAUAGAGCACUUUUUCUACCCAAUUCAAGAUGGGAUGAGCUUGGGAAAAGAAAAAAAAGACAUUUUUGAAGAUCAUGUUUAGCCAUGGCCAAAAUUCGGGACCCAAACGCGCCCCGACCUGAAGGAGCGCCGAUGAACCCCGUCCGAGGAGAAGCUCUCCACAAUACGACCUCGAAUACGAUGCCCAGGAGUGUGGAUAGGUACCUGAAUUCUUCUUUUUUCUGUCCUUGCCCUUUUAUACAUUUCCAAAAAUCCACUCUUCGAGCUUUUCUCUUGAAGUGAUUUGAUUUAUAUUUUUUUCCAGUGCAUUACACCGUUUUGGAACAACGUCGGCGAAAAGUAUCGCCGCCAUGCUUCUUGACCAAACCGCCAAGCCGUCUACUCAGAUCACUUAUGGUAAAUAAAUUUAAUACAUUGAACUGACCAGGAAAUGGUCUAAACUCACAUUUGGACUCCUGAAAAUAAAUAGGUGUAUUUUUUACGCUAAUUCCAAAUCUGGCCUUAAAAGUUGCCACUGAGGUCUGUGAAGAAAGUUAAGGGCUCUAUAAAGUCGAGAAUUUCGUCUCCAAUCGAGCUCAUUUUGGUGGUUUAAAGAUCCCGUCCUAGUGGUUACAAAAAAAGUCAAUUAUUUCUUAUAAUACAAUCUUUAAGCCCAGAUAUGGUUUUCGAAGCUCCGCGCGUGAUAAUAGGAUUGAAAAGUAAAAAUACAAGCGUAUAUCUGAGAAUCUUGUCAGUUUUUAAAAAAACUUAUAACUGUAUGACCUGUCUGCGCUCUCUUCUCCCUCAAAAAUAAGACAAGAGGAACGUGAAAAUAGAACGCGAACAGAGAGGUCAAUUAGAGAGAAGAGAGAGCAGAGAAGACAGGUUCAAAAUCCGAAAUGAAGACAAUUUCGAAAUUUCCCGAAACUAGGCCAUUCCACUUUCUGAUUUUUCAUAAAAAAAAACAGCGGAAAAUAAAAAAUUGGAGAUUUUCACUCAAUAUUCCUCCAAUUUCAGGCAAGCUGUUCAGUAGAGCGAACAAGGUGGCGUACAUGCUCUUGAACAAGACGGUCACAAUCGGAAAAGACAACUCGAAAGUUCCCCUGUGUCGCAGUGGCGACCGCGUCGCCCUCGUGUAUCCGAACACCCAGCCCCUGCAUUUUUUGGUCGCUUUCCAUGGAUGUCUUCUCGCCGGGGUCAUCCCCGUCCCUGUGGAGAUGCCCACUUCCAAGAGGGUUUGUAAUUAAAGAAAAUCUGUAUUGUUUUCAUUCUUGAAGCCUCUCCAAACCUGAUUUCACUUUUUUUGGCAUGAAAAAGGCGCAUAGUAGUAUAGUCCAUUCAUAACGACUUGUAACUGUAUGACCUGUCUGCGCUCUCUUUUCUCUCCCCUGAGGUUAGAGGAAAGGGAAAAUAGCAUGUGAACAGUAUGCUAGUUUAGUAUAGUCCAUUCAUAACGACUUGUAACUGUAUGACCUGUCUGCGCUCUCUUUUCUCUCCCCUGAAGUUAGAGGAAAGGGAAAAUAGCAUGUGAACAGUAUGUUAGUUCAGUAUAGUCCAUUCAUAACGACUUGUAACUGUAUGACCUGUCUGCGCUCUCUUUUCUCUCCCCUGAGGUUAGAGGAAAGGGAAAAUAGCAUGUGAACAGUAUGUUAGUUCAGUAUAGUCCAUUCAUAACGACUUGUAACUGUAUGACCUGUCUGCUCUCUCUUUUCUCUCCCAUGAGAUCAGAGGAAAAGGAAAAUAGCAUGUGAACAGUAUGUUAGUUUAGUAUAGUCCAUUCAUAACGACUUGUAACUGUAUGACCUGUCUGCGCUCUCUUUUCUCUCCCAUGGGGUCAGGGGAAAAGGAAAAUAGCAUCUAAAAUGAGACGAGAGGAGAGAGCGCAGAGAAGGCAGGCUUUUUCAAGUUUUGGUGGAUUUUUCAAGGUCUUGAAGCGAUUUUUGGCGUGAAAUCAGGAUUUAAAAGCGAGUCUUUUUUUUCCUCUUCUAAUGAUUUUUUGACGGCUUUUUAUGUAACUGGAAUAUACAAAAAUUUUCAUUUUCAAAAUUUUUUCGCGCCAAAACCGCGUCGCGACCGCAGCGCGCCACCAAAAUUGGAGUUGUCUUUAAACUUUGUAAAGCUGCUGAAUGGUUUUUCAAGCGCUUUAUAAUUCUGUAAGUAACGAUUUUUUUUUUCAAUUUGUAUAGCGAAUAAACCUUCAUUUUCAAUUUACAGGACGCUGGAAUCUCCCAACUCGGUUUCCUCCUCGGAAACUGUGGCGCCAAGGUGGCGUUGACCUCCGAGACGUGCUACAAAGGCCUUCCGAAGACGCCGACGACGUCGACGUCGACCUACGCCUCGCCUUCGGGCUCUUCUUCCUUGACGGGUACCUCCACGGAAUGUGUCGAUUUCCGGGGCUGGCCCAAGCUCUACUGGGUCAUCACCGAGCAUUUGGUGGGUUUCAAUCCAUUCAUUCAGACAUCAGAGAAAUUUAAAUUUUGUUGGGUUCGAUGAGGGAAAUUUUGGGAAAAGGAGAGAAGGUUCUGAGUUACCAAAAAAUAUUUCCGAAGUUAAACCCCCCCAAGGAAGCUUGAAGUUUCAAAAUUUGAUUUUACCUUAUUUUCUGUCAAUUGAAACAUUUAAACCCACACCGACGAUAUAAAAAAACAGCUUGUAGAUUAGAGAGACGCAGAGAAAUUAAAAUUUUCAAGUUUUUACCUGAAGUUUCGAAAGAAAGGUUCGAAAAAAGGUAUACAUUUAUCUCAAAGUUGGCUCAUUUCCCAUUUCUUCUCUUUUCACUUCACUUUAUCGAAAAUUUCCUCAUUUUUCAUCUUUGAAACUAUAGAAAUAAUUUUGAAUGAUUUCAUUUUCGAAAAAAAAACUUGUGUGAGAGAUCAGAGGCAGCAUGAAGAGAACCUAGAGAAAUAGAGGAAUUCUCUUUCUCUGCCGUCUCUCCACAAUUUUCUUUGCGAUUCUUGGUUUUUUCGAUCCUGGAGGGAGAGUUCAAGGACUGAAGAGAGGCCAGAGAAGUGGGAGAAUAUAUUUUUUCUCUGGGCCCUCCCCAGGCCGCCGUUGAUAUAUUUGUUGUCGCUUCUCAAAGAAUCGCCAAGUUUCUGACGAAGAUUAGUCUACUCAAGUAUGAUUAUGACCGGAUUCAGACGAAACCUUCGCGCGACUGGACAGCCCCGCCACGAGUCGCCGACGAAACAGUCGCCUACAUCGAAUACGCGACUGAUCGAGACGGGGCCGUCAAAGGCGUCUGCGUCUCGCGACAGUCCGUUCUGGCUCAUUGCCGAGCUCUUUCUUCUUCCAUGGAGUAUAAAGAAGGUAGCUGAAAACGAAUAAUCGAAGAAUUGAGACGCCAGAUGGCUAAAAUUUGUUUUUUAUCGAUUGAGCAGUAGCUUUUGAAUCAGGUGGAUGUUAGGAUCAGAUUGAGUUGGUAUAGUAACAUUUAUCUUAUAAAGUUUGACACAAAUGUAACGCAAUCCGGGCGUUUCUGAGCAUUUCAAGGGGUCCCUUUAGCGGUUUAAUGACUCUUAAGGGAUCCCUUGAAAUGUUUAGAAAGGUCUGGUCUUCUGAACUUCCGAUUUCCACGGGUUUUUGAAAAAAUGAAAUAUGAAAGUGUUGAAAAAAACUUUAAUGCACGCCAUACGUUUCUGAGCGUUUCAAGUGACCCCUUUAGAGAUUCCAGGACCCUUAAGGGAUUGCUUGAAAUGCCCAGAAACGUCUGGUCUUCUGAACUUGAGAUUUCCACGAGUUUUUGAAAAAAGAAAUUGUUGAAAAAAAACUUUGUCACGAAACUCGGACCACUGUAACGUGAACCGGGGGGUUUUUGAGCGUUUCAAGUGGUCCCUAUAGCGAUGUUAGGACACUUAAGCGAUCGCUUGAAACACUCAGAAACGUUCGGUCUCCUGGACUUUUGAUUUCCAAGGGUUUUCGGAAAAAAAAGAAAAUAUUAAAAGUUGAAAAAAAAACUUUAUCACACAACUUGGACCUCUGUAACGUAAGAUAAACGUUUCUGAGCAUUUCUAGUGAUUCCUUUAGUGUUUUCUCUUAAGUGAUCGCUUGAAAUGUUCAGAAAGGUCCGGUCUUCUGAACUUGAGAUUUCCACGAGUUUUGAAAAACUUUAUCGCACAACUCGGACCUCUGUAACGCAAGCCGGGCGUUUCUGAGCAUUUCAAGUGGUCCCUUUAGUGGUGUCAAGGCUCUUAAGGGAUUGCUUGAAAUGUUCAGAAAGGUACGGUCUUCUGAACUUGAGAUUUCCACGAUUUUUUGAAAGAAGAAAAUAGGAAAGUGUCGAAAAAACUUUAAUGGAAGCUCUGAGUUUCUGAGCAUUCCUAGUGAUCCCUUUAGCGGUUUCAGGACCCUUAAGGGAUAACUUGAAGUGCGCAGAAACCUCCAGAAGGCAUCCGGUCAAGAGAAUAUAACCAAAAAAGUCCAAUAACCGAAAAAAUUGGAUUUUUUCAGGCGAAACGAUGGUCUGCGUGGUGGAUUUCAAACGAGAAGUCGGCCUGUGGCACGCCGUCUUGGCCUCGGUUUUCAACGGGAUGAAAGUCAUUUUUGUGCCCUAUUCUCUCAUGAAAAUGAACCCGGCCAGUUGGAUGCAUAUGGUCUCGAAGUUUGAAGGUGAUUUGGUUAUUCUUCUCUGAAAAGAACCCUGGUUUCCCCUUAAUUUCCCUUAAGGGGCCCCUAAUCCAAGCUUUUCCUAGGACUCCUAACGUUCAGAGUUCUUUGAGAGGCUACUAGGAGGAUUUUUAGAGAUUUCCGGUUGAUUUAUUGAUUUUUUGGCUGUUAAAAUGGUUUUUGUGUUGAAAUUGGUUGAGCGAUUUCACCUAUGCUCCUUUAAAUUUUUUUUUUCAACAUUCUUGGAUAUGGAGCUCCAAAAACCUUCUUUUGCUAGAGGAUUAAUGAGAGGUUAGGGAAAGUGAGACAGUGUGAUGAAUGGAAAAUUGAGAGCUUCUCCCCCCCCAAAAAAAAGGGGGCGGGGAUUCUGUCAAAAAAAAACUUUGAAUCAAGAUCAUCAAAUUUCAGCGACGACUGCCCUGGUGAAAUCCCGCGACUUGCACUGGGCUCUUCUGGCGACCCGCGACCACAAGGACAUCACUCUAGCGUCGCUGCGAUCGUUGCUCGUCGCCGACGGCGCGAACCCCUGGUCGCUCUCCUCCUGCGACGCGUUCGUCUCCGCGUUCGCCAACGCGACGCAUGGCUUGAGGACUGACGCCAUGUGUCCGUGUGCUGGCAGCUCGGAAACUGGCACGAUUUCUGUUCGAAGGUGGGAGACCCAUGAAAGUUAGAGAGCGUGUAGAAGUGAGAGGGCGGAGUUUUCUCGUUUUCUCUAAUUCUCUUGUUCACUAGUAGGCCGUUUUUCACGACUUGAAACCCUCUGACCGUGAGAGAAAGAGAGUCGAAAAUUUUCAAGUCUAGGCGAGCCGAUUGGAAGUUAGAGAGCGUGUAAAAGUUAGAGAGCAGUCUUAUCUCCUUUUCUCUGACCUUGCUGAUGAGAGAGAGAGACGCAGAGAGUCGAGAACUUUGACCAUUUUAAAGUUAGAGAGUGUGUAAAAGUGAGAGGGCAGAGUUUUCUCGUUUUCUCUAAACCUCUUGUUCACUAGUAGACCGUUUUUCACGACUUCUCUGCGCUCUCGUAUUCAAGUGCUAUUUCCUAAUUUCUCUGGAGAUAGAGACGCAGACACUCUUAAACUUUGACUAUUUGAAAGUUAGAGAGCUUUCGAAAAUGAGAGAGCAGAGUUUUCUCUUUUUCUCUGAAUCCUUGUUCAAUAGUAGACCGUCUUUCACGGCUUCUCUGCGCUCUCGUGUUCAAGUGCUAUUUCCAUAUUCCUCUGACCUCGCCGGUGAGAGAAUGAGAGACGCAGACACUCGAAAACUCUGACCAUUUGAAAGUUAGAGAGCGUGUAAAAGUGAGAGAGCAGACUUUUCACGUUUCCUCUAAACCUCUUGUUCACUAGUAGACCGUUUUUCACGACUUCUGUGCACUCUCUCCCGUUCAAUUACUAUUUCCAUGUUUCUCUGACCUAGCCGGUGAGGGAGAGAGGGACGCAGAGAGUCGGAAAUUUUCAAGCCGCAGCGAAAUUUUUAGUUAGAGAGCGUGUAAAAGUGAGAGGGCUGAGUUUUCUCGUUCUCUCUAAACUCCUUAUUCACCAGUGGCUACAGAAUUUCAUUUUGGAAGUUUGUAUGACUUUUUGAGUGUUCAAAAGGUGCAGAUAAAUCUGAGUAUAAGAAAUUGGAUUUAUGCCUCUUUUUUCAAAAUCAGAUUUUGGACUGAACUGCUUGAACAUGAGCCUUUUCCAGAAGAAACAACAACAACUUGGGGAGCAGUAGCGGACGCGGAAUCUUGUCAAUGUCGGCGUUGAGCCAUUGUGUCGUGAGGGUCGACCAGGAGAACUCCCUGACCAGCCUCACGUUACAGGUAUGAUUACCUUGGCCGCUUUUGGAAUGGCUCAAUGCGUCGCAAGAACGAAUAGAAAGAGUCCGGGAUUUCCAUAGGUUCUUAUUAUUUGGGUGACGAGGAUUUAUUUUUAACCGAUUUUUUUAAAAAGUAACCGGUAGAAAGGUUCGAUGCAAUGAAAAAUUGAAUUGUUUAGAAAUUACUGUUUUUUGAAAUGAAUCAAGUUUGGAACGUAUUUUUCGCUUGAUUUUUGAAAGGAAAGUGAAAGUCGGCGGUAGAAAAUUGGUGUAAAAAUUUUCAGAGUUUGCAUUUUUCUAAAACUUAUUAUGAAGCUCUUCUUAUCUUGGUGGUUUUCUAACAUGAAAGACACAAAAAGUCCAGGAAAAAUGGUAUUUUCAUGCGCUUCUGCCCUAAACCUGUGAAGAAAAUUUCUGGAUAAUAAAAAUAGAAAAAUUGGAUAAUUUUUUCCAGGACGCCGGACAAGUGAUUGCCGGCGCCGUGGUCGUCGUGAUGGCCAUCGACGGAUCCCAAAAAAUGUGCCAAGCCGACGAAAUCGGCGAAAUUUGCGUUUCCGCAAACUCUACAGCACAUGCUUAUUGGGCGUUGGAGGGACAGACGACUCACACUUUCAAGGUUUGUUUUUUUAUAUUUAAUUAGUUUUUUGAUAUUCCCAUAUGAUGGGUUAAUAUAAUGACAAAGGAAGUUUUUAAAAAAAUCGAUUCAUUUAAAAAAAUGAAAUGAAAAAUGAGACGAAACGGGAAAUUUCCGUCGAAAAAACGCAGAAGGUUUCGCUAAAAGCUCCAUGAAAAAAAAAAAUUAAUUUGAGCUCUUUUUGAUAGUUUCAGAGAAUCCUUUUUGGUUUCCUUGAAAUUUAUACAGUUGCUUUACAGCAUCUUCCAGGUAUUCUCGAAAGAAAUUUUGGGAAAAUAAUUUUUUCAUAAAUUUUAAGGAAUCCUUGUUAUCCGUGGUAUUCAAAAUGAAUAUCGAAUAGCAACCAAUGAUCCUCAAUUCACACGAAAUUAAAAAAAAAGAAUGAAACAAGGAAAAGGAAAAAAAAAGUUGAAUUUUUUGUUUUAGCGAAAAUGUCGUCUCUCUCCGUAGAGACGCAGAGAAAGAAGUUCAAUAGGGCGCGUUUGGUCGAGAUUUAGAACAUUUUUUGCGCAAAACGAAUUUUUCGAAAUUUUCAAUGUUUAUUGUUGUUUCAUUCGAUUUUAGCAGAGCUGUUCUCAGGGCGACCGCGGUCGACCGAGGGCCCCCCGACUUGCGGCGUAUUCGAGGGCGGCCGCGGUCGGCCUUUGGUAAGGGUCAACUCGGUCGACCCGUAGAUACAAAUUUUGUUUUGACUCCCGGUUUUUUGCGAAUUAUAAGAAAGCGCAAGUUUUACUGAAAUGAAAGUGAAACAAAAACCAUUUUUUAUCGAGCACAUAAAGAAGAAAAACCGAUGAAAAGAGAUAUUAAUCCAAAAAUUCAAUAGUUUCCAAGUGGCCAGAACAAUUUACAGAACUAGAUAAAACAACUUGAUAAAUAAAAAAAUAAUUUGAAAUUUUCACAUCAUCAGGAAUUUCAUUUUUCGCAAAAAAAUUCAUUCAAACCACUAUUUGAAAUAUUAUUUUAUUUAUUUACAAAGAGAAAAACGAAAAAGAUGAGAAAAAGUGAAAUCAAAAAGCACGAUUUCUGUCAAAAACAAUAAAAUUAAAGUUUUCAUGGAUCAUAAAUAACUUAAAAAUUCAGUUUCAAUAUGAAAAACUAAAAUAAAAACAAAAAAUACGGAAAAAAAAAUCCUCGCGCUCGCUUCGGGGGCCUGAAUGAAAACCGCUUCGCGGGCCGGGGCGCUCAGGGGCGCGUCGCGGUCGGGUCGGGGCGGCCUCGGCCAGGGUUGCCCCGACUUGAGAACAGCUCUGGAUUUUAGUACCCCCUCGCAUGCUGAUCAGGUGUCUCAACGGGUGUACCCGUAUUAAACCCGUGUUUCUGAGGUUAUUUCAGUCUUAGUUGGGCUAAAACGGGGGAAAAACGGGUGUAACAAAAAUAUGUAACCCAGCUGGGCUGAAGCGGGGUCUCAGUUGGGCUAAAAAUUGCCAAAAGUUCUAUCAGUUGGGCUUUUACGGGUUUAAUACGGGGGCCCGCUGAGACCCCGUGUUAGCACGGCGGAGUUACCCUGCUCAGCAUGCGAGCCUUUAAAGUAUUUCAAGUCUAGUUGACUUGAGAUAUCAGUCAUAAGAAAAUUUAUUUGCUUUCAAAACACUUUUUUUCUUUCAUUUUGUCGUAGAAUUUCAUGGCGAAUCGAAAAAAAUGAACUUCUUUAUCAAGAUAUUGUGAGCUCGAUAAGUUUUAGAGCAGUUUUGAUUGAUGAAAACCUAUUUAAAGGAAUUUUGUGGAUGUCUAUCAAAAACUGAAUUUUUUUAAGGUCGAACCACUUGGAGAGAAUGGCCGACCGCUUGGAGUUGUACGUUACGUUCGAAGUGGGCUUAUUGGAUUCAUGGGACCUGUGAGUUUUCAAAAAUAAUAAACUUGAUGAAAAAUAAAUUUAGGAUGGUUUGGUUUUUGUCGUCGCGAGAAGAUCUUCACUUUUGACCGUAUCGGGACGUUAUCAUUCGGCUGAUGAUAUCAUUGGUUGGUGUGAAAAAUGGAAAUAUCAGAUUUUAGAUUUGAGAUUUUUUUGAAAUGAUGUAGUUGUUUAAUCUUGGGCAAAGUCGGAAUUUCGGAUAAUGGCCGCUGGAAGGGAGAGGCUCAAAAAAGGGUGUAGAAAGGUAGCAAAAAGGGUCCCUUUAUUGAGCCUUCCAUUUUUCUGGGAUUUUAAAGGCUCCAGAAUUGGUGAAAAAAGAGAGAGGCAGUAAAAAUGGUGCAUAACAGCCGAAGAAAUGGCGCAAAAAGGCAGCGAAAAAGGAACCUUUCUAGGAAGCCUUUCUGCAUCCUUUCCGACUUUGCCUAGGAUGAUCCUAGCUGGAAAGUUUCUCCUAAAAUAACACUGAAAACGAAUUUUCGCUCUAAAAUCUUCAUUAAAUUGGUCUAAAGCUGUUUCACGGUUGACUUGAGCCAUCGAAAAAGGGGUCCUGACACGAAAAACAAGACAAUGCGUGGUCAGUGGAGAACGCAGACAGACCACGCCGCCUUAGCGUCCCAAGCUAGCCGUAAAUCGAUUGUAUGAUCCUAUAAAAAUCUUGAUAAGAACGCAAAAUUGAAGACUUUUGAUUUUUAAAGUCUCAAAGUUCAUUUUACAGCGACUGUUCUGGCCGUUGAGCCCAUGCGAUUUGUAUACCGAGGCCGAAUUUGUGUCUUCUCGACGAAUGUUCUCCGGGAUGAAAGGAUCGUGAUUGUGGCUGAACAGAAGCCCGGAACCAACGAAGAAGAAGCGUUCAAUGUAAAGAAUUAUUCAAAAUCUCAUUGGGAAUAUGAUAUUUUUCCAGUGGAUGUCCCGGGUGCUCCAAGCGAUCGACACGAUCCACCAAGUUGGGAUUUAUUGUCUGGCUCUCGUGGCGGCCAAUCAGUUGCCAAAGGUAGGAUUCAAAGUGUUAUUUGAGAAAAUGAUUUUGAAUUUUUUGCCAAAGGCGGUGUUAGUGCCGUUCAAAAGAGCAAUUUUUUCACGGAAACAUGAUUUUUUGAUUUUAAAAAAUUACCUUGCAGUUAAGGUUUUCGCUUAUUUUAAGAUGAGUUUUUGAGAGUUCUGUAUCUCUAGGUUUAUCAAGCGGAAAAUUCUGAAUUUGUCGAUUCUGGAAACAGGAAUUUAACACACCUCUAGCCUAAGUUAUAAUGUUUUGAACGUAAUAAAUGACCUUAAAGUUAAGGUUUUUCCUAAUUCGGGAUUUUUUGUCCUUAUGGUCUUUUGAGAAUAUUGUCAUUUUGGGAUUAUCAAGAGAACAGUUCUGAUUUUUUGGUACCGGAAACAGGAAUUCAGGACAUCUACAUCCUAAGUUAUGAUUUUUUGAACUUAUCAAAUGACCUUAAAGCUAAGGUUUUUCCUUAAUUUGAGGUUUUCCCUUAGGGUUUUCAGAAUUCUUCUUCUCUAGGUUUAUCAAGCGAACAGUUCUUGAUUUUUUUGAUUCUGGAAACAGGAAUUUAGGACACCUACAGCCUAGGUUAUAAAUUUGUGAAUUUAACAAGUGACCUGAAAUUUAAGGUUUCUCCUUAUAUUUAGAUUUUCCUUAAGGUUUUUUGGAAGUUCUAUUUUUCUAGGAUUAUAAAGCGGAAAAUUCUGAAUUUAUAUAGGAUACCUACAGCAUAAUUUGUGAUUUUUUUGAACUAAAAAAAUUUACUUGGAAAAAUAAGAAUAAAAAAAUUAAAAUAAAAUAAAAAAAUAAAAAAAUAAUAAAUAAAAAAAUAAUAAAUAAAAAAAUAAUAAAAAAAUAAAAAAAUGAAAAAAAUAAAAAGUAAAUGAAAAAAAUAAUGAAAAAAAUAUCAAAAAAAUAAAAAAAUAAUUUUUUUCCUUAAUUUGACAUUUUUCCUUGAGGUUUUUGGAGAAUUUUUGUUUCUCUAGGAUUAUCAAGCACAUGAUUCCGAAUUUUUUUGGUACUUAAAAAAACGGCAGAACUAGAAAUUUUCAGGUCUAAGAAGUUUUACACAGUUUUCAAAUAUGUCAAAGCGCUCACAUCACUAAAAACGAUCAAUUUUGAAUUAUGACUUAUGGAAAUUACAUUGAAGAGAGGAGAAAUUUUGAACCAGACCUUUUUUGGCGUAUUGUUAGAAAACAGUUUUAGCAUCAUCGCUUGAAAAAAAAAAUUCAAAACAAAUUGAAACUUUUUUUUUUCUUAUAGCCUGUCAAGUAUAAUGACGUCAUUCUCAAAACCGUUCUGUGGAUGACUUGCGCUAUUAGGGGCGGAGCUUGAGCUUGAUCAAAACCUCAACAGUCUAAGCCAUUUUCGAUGCACCUGGAAUAGAAAUUUUGAAAACCAAGUCACAGAAUACUGGUGUUGACCAUCAUGAGAUUGAUAAAAAGCUUGAGCAACGACUUGAAAUUCAAAUUCUGAACAGACCAUAAAGUCUCAAAGUCAGUAUAUAAGAAUAUGUAUUUUUUGAAGACACCUCUCGGAGGAAUCCACGUGUCGGAGACGCGGCAAAGAUUCGAGAACGGUGACUUGCAUCCGUGUACUUUGCUCAUGUGCCCCCACAGCUGCGUCCUCAACCUGCCCAAACCCCGGUUCGUCCCCCUUGUUUAUUUUCUUGCUUUUUGCAGUGAACGACAGGCGGACGUCGGCCCAGCGGCCAUCUUCGUCGGCAACAUCGUUCAAGGCGUUCGGAUCGCCGGCGCCCAGGGCCGCAGCUUGGAUGAUGAGGCUGUUAGUUGAUCUGAAAAAGGGAGAUUUGAGAGAAAAGUGGCCACUAUAGGGUUUUGACGUUUUAGCGGCCACUAUAGGGUUUUGACGUUUUAGCGGCCACUAUAGGGUUUUGACGUUUUAGCGGCCACUAUAGGGUUUUGACGUUUUAGUGGGCACUAUAGGGUUUUGACGUUUUAGCGGCCACUAUAGGGUUUUGACUUUUUAGUGGCCACUAUAGUAGUCAAAUUAGUGGACACUUAAGGGGUUAAAGUUAGUAGCCACUAUAGAGGUCUAAGUGCUACUACUAGACCAUUAAAAAUUUUAGUGGCCACUUUAGGGAUCAAUGGAUCAACAUAACUGGUCCUGUUUGUUUUAAAAUUAUCAGGGUUACUGGAAAUACUGGAAGAAAAACUACUGAAGUGGCCACUAAAACGGAGAAUAGUAGCCACUAUAGAGGAGGGUUCAGUUGCCACUUUAGUGUCCUCUCCUAGUAGUCCUCGGCGAGCCUCUAAAGUGGCCACUAUAACUUUUCCCAGUCUAAUCGAGUUCUCUGAGAACCUGAGCCAAUGGCACCUUUUCAGUCUUACCCACUUUUGGAGCUUCUCCGAUCCCGGGCCGCCUCGGCGCCAGAUCAUCGACUUCUGACGCUAGUCACAGCGAAAGGCGCCGAAGCCGACACGGCCACCUGCGCCAGUCUUCUCAAGUAGAAAUCCCCUCAUUUUGUCUUCAGAAAUCAAAGAAAACCUUGCAGAAGAGCCGAACGAGUCGCGGGUCUGCUCACCGAACGGGCUCGUCUCAACAAGGGAGAUCACGUCGCCUUGAUUUUUCCGCCGUCGAUCGAUCUCGUCGCCGCCUUCUUUGGAUGCCUAGCUGCCGGUUAAUACUUGAUUCGUUUUGAAUGGAAAACAUGCACAAAUUCGAAAUUGAUCCCUACAGGGGCUAGGGAGGAAAACAGCCUCUAUAGGGGCCGAAAAAGUGGUCCCUAUAGGGAUUAGGAUUCUAUCCCUUAGCCUUUAAAACAAAAAAAGUGGACCCUAUAGGGGUCUUUCAGUUGCAUUUAAAAACGCUUAUUCAUUUAGUUUUUCCCAUGGAAAUGCUUCUUCGCUUAAAAUUCAUAACGAUUAUCGACCAGCAUGUCCCCUGUAGGGCCCACUAAUUAAAACCCCUAGGAGGACCAAUUUUGCAAGCUUUAGCGGUCCCUAUAGUUGGUUUUCAAAAUGUUGUUCUCUUUUCGAAAAGAAGGUACCUGUCUUGAAUUUCCAUUUUAUGAUCUUCAUUUUUUCUUUUUUGGCUCGCGUUUUAUUUAGAAAAUUUUCUACUAGGUCGAAAAGCCUUUAUAUUUCGAUUUUUAAGCACCUAAAUUAUCCAGACAGUUUUUUUCUGUCUGCAAUACUCUUUAUUAGCAGAGAAAAUUUUUUUUUCAAUUUUUGCUAGCUGCCUAUUGAUGCACCGUGUGGUUAUGGAGAAGAUUUCUUGAAAUUUUGAGGAGGAUGACAUUUUGAAGGUUAGGAGUUGAAAAUCUAAUUUUUUUAUAACUGGAAAUAGUUAAAAAAAUAUCAAUUUUGAAGUUUAUCCUUUCCAAAAAAAUGUUUUGAUUUUUCCCAGGCCUCGUUCCGGUAUGCAUCCGACCUCCCACGGUUUCGGAUCUCCACGUAACUUUGCCUUCGGUCCGAAUGGCGGUUGAUAUCAGCAAAUCAGUGGCGAUCCUGUCCACCAGUAGCAUUAGCAAACUUCUCAAGGUUGGUAAAAAAAAUAAUAAGAAAUAUAACGCGUCGCGGUUUUUGGCGGGAAACGAAAAUUUAAAAACGAGCCGCUUUUUUUAAAGAUAUUUUUUAUCUUGUUUGAAUUUCAUUUCAAAGAAUCUCGCAUGCUGAGCAGGGUAACCCCGCCGUGCUAACACGGGGUCUCCGCGGGUGCCCCCGUAUUAAACCCGUAUAAGCCCAGCUGAUAGAACUUUUUGGCACUUUUUUUAGCCCAACUGAGACCCCGCUUUAGCCCAGCUGGGUUACCUAUUUUUUCUUACACCCGUUGUUCCCCCGUUUUUAGCCCAACUGAGACUAAAAAUAACCUCAGAAACACGGGUUUAAUACGGGUACACCCGUUGAGACACCUGAUCAGCAUGCGAGAAUGAUGAUAUAGAAAAUGAAUAUUUUUCAUAUUUUUUUCCAUUUAAAUUUGAAUUUCCCGCCAAAAAGCCGCGUGGAGGUUUUUUUGGCGGAAAAUGAGAAUUCAAAAAAACGAGUUUUUUUCGAUAAAUUCCCUCUUAUUUGAGUUUCAUUUGAACGAAUGAUUAUAUGAAAAAAAGCUUAUUUCCAAACUUUUCCUGCUUAAAUUUGUAUUUCCCGCCAAAAGCCGCGUCGCGACCGCGAGUAACUACAGUAUCCUAAAAAAAAUCGAUAUUUGUUUGGGCAUUUUCAAGGAAAUUUUCAAAUUUGCGCGCGAAAAUUCAUAAAUCGUUGUAGGACCCGAAUUUUACUAAUGGCUACAGGAAUUCAACUUUUUCCUGUUUCAUGAAGUAAUUUUGAAAGAGGAACGCGUGAAUUUUGAAAUCUCCGGAAUUACAAAAUAAAAAAAAAAAAAAAAAAAAACAAAAAAAUUUUUGCUGAUUCACGACUGGCUUGAGCCAUCGAAAAAAUGAUCCUGACACGGGAAUAAAAGAGAUAGUGCCUGGUUGGUGGAGAGCGCAGACAGGCCACGCCCCUUAGAGUCCCAAGCUAGCCAUGAAUCGGCUAUACAACAAAAAAAAUGAAAACCAAUUUUUUUCAGAGCAAAGAAGCGGCUCACCGAGUCGAUUCCAACGCUUGGCCCAUGAUCCUGGACAUGGAAGACGCCCCGUCUUCCUGGAAAAGAAAGGGAAAUAACGUCGGAACCAACGAUUCUUCCGGAAGUAUGGGCGCUUCCAAAAGCGAUGUCUGCUAUUUGGUUGGUUCCAGUGGGAAAAAAGGAUGAUCCUGGACGUUUUCUCCAGGAUUUUGCCAUGAGCACGACCGGACAAUUGGCCGGAGUCGUCAUGACCGAAGCCGCCGCCGUCGGCGCCUGCAAGAGCUUGAAGGUAUUUUCCUCAAAAUGAAGGGAAAAAAAAAUGCAUUUUGAAAGCUUUUUCAGUGGGAUUGGUAACGUUACAAAAGCAGAAAAUGCUCGAAAUGUUUCAAUAUUGAUUAUUUGAUCAUAAAUACCCAGAAAUUUCUUACAGGACUUUUUUAGAAGCUCAAGAAUGAUAUAAAACUGUAAACGAUUUUUUUUUGUGAUUUUUGUAAUUUUUUAAAUUAGCUCAGAGAACUUUACGAAGAGAGUUGGAACAAAGAAAAAAAAAUUGAAAAAUUAGUUUUAAAAAAAAGUCGCUUUUUUGAUGGUUUUACUGUCCUGAACCGGAAAAAUUUUUCAGAUUUCCUAUUUUUUUAUUGUCUUCUAUCGUUUUUUUGUGAAGUUCAAGAUUGUCAUAUAUUUCGAAUUUUUUUCAUACCUUUUUUUGAAAAACAGAGGGAAAAAAAGAAUAUAUAUUUCUAAAUUGUUCAAAGAUUUUUUUGUAUGGUGUGAUAUCCAAAAAAAUGGUCUCAAGAGCCAAAAAAUUUUUCUAAGAUCUUCUGAAAUUAUUUUUAAAAAAACUGAAAAGUUAGUUUCAAAAAAUGUUGCUUUUUUUGGUAGUUUUAUUGUCUUGAACCGGAAAAGUUUCAGAUUUUUUUCGAUUUUUUUCUUUCCUUUUUGAUGCCAUUUAGAGGGUUUAGCGGGUCAGUUUUGAAGUUUUAUACCUUUUUUUGAAAAGUCUGGAGAAAAAAAUAUAUAAAUUCUGAGUUGUUCAAAAGAUUUUUUUGUAUGGUGUGAAUUCCAAAAAAAAAAUGGCCCUGGUGUCAAAAAAAAUUGCGCCAAUGUUGAUAUACCCCUUGGUGAAUGAACUAUCAAGUUCGUGCAAAAAUUUGAACUUCAACAAGUUUCUUUUCCAGGUCUCCAGCGAGCUCUACCCCUCCAGGCACGUCGCCGUCUGCGCUUCCCCAUAUUCUGGAAUUUCCCUGGUUCUUUGGUGCCUAUCUUCAGUUUAUUCAGGUAAAACAUGACCUGAGAUCGAUAUUAGAAAAGUUUUUCAGGACAUCACACGACCCUCAUCCCACCAGCAGAAGUUGAGCAACAGCCGUCCCUGUUCCUCACCACUCUAUCUUCACUGAAAAGUUGGAAUCCUCCCAGAAAAAUGUAUGAAUCAAGAAAAUUCCAGUCCGCGACGCGUUCACCAGCUACGCGACCAUGCAAACCUGCGUCGCGCAACUCGGCACCGCAGUCGCGACUCUGAAAGAACGCGGCUGCAACCUGUCGUCGCUGCGGACGUUGGUCGCGAUCGCCGAGGAACGCCCGCGGGCCUCCCUCAUGGCCGCCUUCACUCGCCUCUUCGCCCCGCUUGGCCUCAACGCCCGGGCCGUCUCCACCUCCUUCGGGUCCCGGGUCAACCCGGCGAUCUGCAUGCAGGUCUCGUUUCGGGAACUUUGAAGGGUCUUGAUGAGAAAUGAGUUUCCUCAUGAAAGAUUCUCUAGAAAAUGUAUAGUUUGAUCCUUUGAAGAGAAGCCAGAGCGGCCCCUAGAGGGGUUAGAGAUUAAAAGUCCCCUACUUAAGAACUCCAGUGUGGUCCCUAUAGGGGCAACAUUAAGAGCCCUCUAGGACCACUUUACCAACCUCUAAAGGGGCCACUAAAGCUUGCAAAAGUGAUCCCUGUAAAUUUUUAGUUAGUGGCCCCUAUAGGGGACAUGCUAGAAGCAUUUCCAUGCGAAAACGCCCGGGCCGUCUCCACCUCCUUCGGGUCCCAAGUCAACCCGGCGAUCUGCAUGCAGGUCUCGUUUCAGGGACUUUUAAGGGUCUUGAUGGGAAAAUGAGCCUUUUGAAAGUCCCUCGCGUUUGAAAAUUCUCUACAAGAGUUAUAGUUUGAUCCUUUGAAGAAAGUCCAAGGGACGCCACAGUGGCUUCUAGAGGGGUGAGAGGAAAAAAAGGCCCACUUAGGACUAUGGGGCAAACUUACAGGGGCCCUCGGUGGGACUACCAACUCCUAUAGGGGCCACUACAGCUUGCAAAAACGGUCCCUGUAGAAGUUUUAGUUAGUGGCCCCUAUAGGAGUCAUGCUAGAAACACUUCCAUGCGAAAACGCCCGGGCCGUCUCCACCUCCUUCGGGUCCCGGGUCAACCCGGCGAUCUGCAUGCAGGUCUCGUUCUGGGACUUUGAAGGGUCUUGAUGAUCUUGAGAAGCUCUUAGAAAAUGUAUAGUUUGAUCAAGCCUUUGAAGGGAGUCCAAGAGACGCCAGAGUAGUCCCUUAAGGGGCUAGAGAAAAAAAAGCCACUACUUAGGAACUACAGUGUGGUCCCUAUGGGACAAACUCAGGGUCCCUCUAGGGACUUCUUUAACAACCCCUAUAGGGGACACUGAAGAUGCUUCCCUAGAGUGGCCACUAACUGAAACCUUUAGUGGGACCACUUUUGAAAGUUAAUGCCCCUAUAGGGGGAGGUAAGGUGGUCCCCAUAGGGGCGAACAUUCAUUGUCAUUUGAUAAAGAUUUACUGAUUUUUUCCAGGGAGCCUCGGGUCCCGACACGACUACCGUAUUCGUCGACGCGAGGGCUCUUCGCAACGAUAGGAUUACUCUGGUCGGAAAAGGAGCACCCGCACAGUGUGGCUCUGGUUGAAAGCGGGAAACUGUUGCCGGGCGUCAAAGUGGCCAUCGCCAAUCCGGAAACCCGGGGACAGUGCGCCGACUCGCAUCUCGGAGAGAUCUGGGUGGGUACGAAAAAAAUCGGUAUAAAAUAAUUUCGCGCCAGAUUGUCACGUUUUUUUCUCCCGAAAAGAGUAUACUAAAAAAGACCCCUUUUUGCUACGAGCCCUCUGUUUUUCGCUGUAGAGCAAAAGUGCAAAAAAAAGUUCUGUGUACGGUAGAUUUUUUUUUUGUUGCGAUUGAAGAUGAUCCUUUGAUAGUGAUGCAUUUUUUGCCUUUUUUCUAACUGUUAGAUCAAAAAAGAUCAUGUCAAGCAGCUAACUCCGCCCUUUUGGCUACAGUACCUUUGCGUCGAACUUUUUUUUAUCGCACCUGACAAUGAUCCUUUAAUAGAAAUUCUUCAAUUCAGCUUUUUGAGUUUUUUAAGUUUUUAUCAAAAAGACCAUGUCAAGUAACUAACUCCGCCCCCGUGGCUACAGUAUCUUUCGCGUCGAUUUUUUUUUAUCGCGCUUGACGAUGCGCCUUUAAUAACCUAUUUUGACUUUUUUCAUAGCUAUCAGAUCAAAAAAAUCAUGUCGAGGAGCUAAAUCCGCCCCUGAUGGCUACAGUACUUCGAAUUUUUAUCGCGGCGGACUAUGAUCCUUUAAUAGUGAUACAUUUUUUUCGAUUUUUUUGUUAGUCUUUUUUUCAAAAAAAGGUUCAUGUCAAGAAGCUAACCCCGCCCCCUUGGCUACAGUACUUUUCGCGUCGGAAUUUUUAUUGCGCUUGACGAUGCGCCUUUAAUAACAUUUUUGACUUUUUUUUAGCUAUCAGAUCAAAAAAAAUCAUGUCGAGGAGCUAAAUCCGCCCCUGAUGGCUACAGUACUUCGAAUUUUUUUUUAUCGCGGCGGACUAUGAUCCUUUAAUAGUGAUACAUUUUUUCAAUUUUUUGUUAGUCUUUUUUCAAAAAGGUUCAUGUCAAGAAGCUAACCCCGCCCCCUUGGCUACAGUACUUUUCGCGUCGGAAUUUUAUUGCGCUUGACGAUGCGCCUUUAAUAACAUUUUUGACUUUUUCCAGUUUUCUGAUCAAAAAAGGUCAAAAGGAGCUUGAUUUUCACAAUCUGUUGAAGCGAUUUUCGAGAACUUUCCCUUCAAAAAGCCCUUUUUGCAGGUCUCGUGCGCCCACAGCGCCGGUAGCGCCUUCUCCGUCUUCGGCGACGAGUCGAGCAUGCACACGGAUCAUUUCAACGCGCGACUCACGACGGGAGAUACCAGGACCCGCUGGGCGAGAACGGGCUUCCUGGGAUUCCUGCGACAGACCCAGUCGAUCACGGAGCACGGCGAACUGCACGACGCCGUCUUCGUCGUCGGAUCCAUCGAAGAGAGUCUUCUCCUGCGCGGAAUGCGCUACUAUCCGGUUGACAUCGAAACGACGGUCGGGAAGUCGCAUCGGAACGUCGGGGAAUCGUGAGUUUUAGCCUAACGUCUAGACGCCAUUGCGCUCGCUAAAGUUUAAUGCACCCGACCCGAGCCGGGUUACGCGCGCGAUCAAAAGUUAGGAAGUUUGAGGAAUGGUUUUUCUAGCGAAAAUCUUUUUUCGAGCCGCUCAAAGUAAGACAAAGCGAAAUAAGGAGUCAAUUUCAAAAGUUUUUCAUAGCGAAAAAUGCGACUUUAAGGCAUUUCAAGCUGUGAAAACUGUACGGAAAAAUGAAGAAAAAUGGAUUUCUAGAGCCGUUUUCACCUGGAAUCACCUCGUCGUCGUGAUCGCCGAGUGUUCUGGCGCGGAAAAUGAGGCUUUGGAUUUGGUGCCCGCCAUCACCUCAACGGUAAGAAUCAUUUUCAUUUUUUUAAAAAGAGUUUUAGGCUUAA